AUGUCCAAGUGUCUUCACCGACUCUUUUGGAUCCUAUUCCCUAUCCGGAUACUCAAGAUGUUGACGGCGCACACCAGCCACUUGCUCCACCACCCGGAAUACCUGCAGCCUUUGCAAUCUGCACCAGUGAGCAUUGAGCUGGAUGCCAAGAAGAGCCCCCUGGCCCUGCUGGCUCAGACCUGCUCCCAGAUCGGCAAGCCUGACCCUCCCACCUCCAAGCCAAGCUCUAUCUCUAAUGGCAAUGGUGACCAUGAUGGACACUCCUCUUCCUCCUCCUCCAGUCACAAACCCUCACAGGAGGACAAGUCCAGCUUCAAGCCCUAUAACAAAGUAGGGGGAGACAGUCGGAGGGACAGGGUCAGUAGCUCUAAUAACAGUUCUGACAAGACCGGCUUCAGGGUACCUAGUAAUGGGAAUGGAGUAGCUAACAGUAACUUAUCAGGUUCUUGUCCAUCUUUUCCGCCACACGCCAUCUCUCCCAACUCCAGGGUGGGUGGUGGCACGCCUCCUCAGCACACACAGCAGUCGUCACAGACACACAGACAGAGCCAGUCGCCUCACGGACUACAUGUUUCCCACUCUCAGACUCUGAAUGGAGAACACAAACAGGAACAGAGCAGUCCACACAGGAACAGCAACAGUAGCAGUGGUGGCCAUCUUAAGAAGGAGUCAGAUGUGAAUAAGGUCACUUUGGACAGUCCCCAGAUGGCUAACUCCAGCCAUGCCAGAGCCAGCACCAACUCCAGCACAGGCAGCUCUGAGGGAAGCCCCAGCCACGAGUUGGGCAAGAUGGACUCCCAACCCCCACCACUCAGCCUGGGUCCUGGACACAUCACUCCCAUCUCCCCCUACAAGACUGGCCACUCUGUCUUCCCCCUGUCCUCCUCUGGUAUGGGCUACCAUGGCUCUGUAGUGGGGGCCUAUGCUGGAUACCCCUCCCAGUUUGUCCCAGGGUUGGACCCUACCAAGUCUGGUCUGGGAGGAGGGGGGGUGAGGGUACCAGGGAAGCACCAUAGCUCCAGCCCCCUCGCUGGUACCUCUCCCCUCUCCUUCAUGCAGGGCUUGUGCAGGGACCCGUACUGCCUCAGCUACCCUAACUCACCCCACCUGGGGGGAAGCAAUCCCUGCGUCCAUGACCCCUCCUCCUCCAUCAAAUCAGGCUAUCCAGGCUUGGUCUACCCCUCCCACCCCCUCCACUCCCUCCACCCCAGCACUAUGUCUUCCAGCAUCACCCCCACCCUGUCCCACCCCCUCUACACCUACGGCUUCAUGCUCUCCAAUGACCCCAUCCCUCAUGCCUGUAACUGGGUAUCGGCUGGGGGUCCUUGUGAUAAACGCUUCUCCACCUCAGACGAGCUACUAGCCCACCUGCGCACACACACCUCUUUACCUGGAGGGAUGGACAGUAAGCUAUUCUCUGCCUACCCCUCUGUCUCCUCCUCUGCUGCCUCUUGCCACCUCCCCCACCAGAGCCAGGCCUCCUUGCAGAACUCAUUCUCCCUCAGGGCUCCUCAUACCCUGGGUCUGGCCCGGUACCACCCCUAUGGUAAGGUCCACCUGCCCCCUGGACCUACCUCCAUCCCCCUGCACUCCCUCCAGGCUGGUUCUCCUUACUACCCCCACUAUGCUCUCUAUAGCCAGAGACUUGGCUCAGCGUCUGCCCUGGGCUACCAGUGAUCCUCCGUCUCCAUCCACACAGUCUAUAACAGUGUUUCUCCUCAAAUUACUAAGCCAAGGCAGCUCCCCCACUCCUUCCUGCCUAGCUCUGCUGUUCCCUGCCUAAAACUGCUGGAAUCUUUGGAUCCAAUUGGUUUUAAUAGAAAUGUUAUGUAAGCCCUGGAUGAAGGUGUUUCUGGAGCCUCUGCGGGCAGCACAUCUGGCCUAUAUGGGGGAUCACUACUACUCCAUACCAAAGCAGGAUUCUAUGGAGAAGGGGCUGGAUGCUUGCAUGUCUGCACACUAGGAUGCUGCACUUUAUGAACAAGUGGAUUGGACUGGACCAGCGGCCAUGGUGCCAUGCUGAGUUGUAAUAGCAUCACAGACUGGGCUCGCUGAUAGCUGGUGGUAGGAUGCUGUAGAACGCCUCCUGGAUCUCUUCAUGUCAAGUUGGGCAUAGUGAUUGCAGUGGAAAGACAGGAGAGGAGAUAGUGAUGGC